UUUUUGUAGUAUUUUAACUUAAUAUUUAAAUUUAUAUUGUUUACGCGCCUUCGAUAAAUGCAGAUCGAUAAAUAGUGUUGCAAAAUGCAGAACAUAAUGUUCCUUUAUUACACUGUGUCCAUGCCGCUUUGAUUUUUGUUUACAAUUGCAAAAAGUAAAUAAACUUGUGAAACCAUGAAAAUAGCUGUGGAAGGAUGUGCCCAUGGCGAACUGGAGCGCAUCUAUGACACCAUUGAGGGGAUUGAAAAGGAGAGCGGCACCAAAAUCGAUCUGCUACUAUGCUGCGGCGAUUUCCAGUCCACCCGGAAUCUCGAGGAUUUGCAGACGAUGGCGGUGCCCAAGAAAUACUUGGAUAUUUGCACCUUUUACAAGUACUACAGCGGUGAGCGAGUGGCUCCAGUUCUAACAAUUUUCAUUGGCGGGAACCACGAGGCUUCAAACUAUUUGCAAGAACUGCCGUAUGGAGGAUGGGUUGCACCCAACAUUUACUAUCUUGGUUAUGCCGGAGUUGUCAACGUCAAUGGUGUUCGCAUUGCAGGCGUUAGUGGCAUCUUUAAGGGCCACGACUUUCUCAGAGGACACCAUGAAUACCCUCCUUAUACAGAAUCCACAUGCAGAAGUGUCUACCAUGUGCGCCAGCUGGAGGUUUUCCGGCUCAAACAGCUCUCCGGAAAAAUAGACAUCAUUAUCUCCCAUGACUGGCCGACGGGAAUCUACGAAUAUGGAAACAAGGCACAGUUGCUGCGGAAGAAACCUUUCUUUGCUGCGGACAUGGAAAGCGGAAAGCUGGGUAGCCGGCCUCUGGAGGAGCUACUGAAGGCCCUACAGCCCACAUACUGGUUUGCUGCUCAUCUGCACUGCAAGUUCGCUGCUUUGGUUCCGCACAUUUCAAGCCAAAAGGGAACAGACGACGACAACCAAUCCAGUAGCAGUAGUAGCGAGGAUGAAGACGAUGAGGAGGUCAAAAGUAAACCCGCUUCUACACCAUCUGCUGCGCCAGUUUCUGUCACCAAGUUUCUGGCUUUGGACAAAUGCCUUCCCAGAAGAGGAUUCCUCCAAAUAGUGGACAUUCCCAGUGCUCCGGUAGAGGGGAAUCCUCAGCUGGAGUAUGACGCUGAGUGGCUGGCCAUCUUGCACAGUACCAACCACUUGAUUUCCGUGAAAGAAAACUAUUACUAUUUGCCCGGGAAAAAGGCUGGGGAAGUCACAGAGCGCUAUAAUUUCACACCCACAGCGGACGAAUUGGAAGCAGUGACUGAAAAGUUUAAGAGCCUCAAGGUCCCAGAAAAUUUUGAAUGCACAGUGCCAGCUUAUGAUCCCGAAAAGGAGUCCAACUAUAAGAACAUGGUGUUGAGCCAACCCCAGCCGCAACUGAAUCCACAGAGCAAUUCAUUUUGUGCCGCUCUUGGAAUAGAUGAUCCUCUCUGCUUGGUUUUGUUGGCCAAUGGAAAGGAAUUACCAGUGGCCAGGCCUCUGGAACAAUCAAAGGCUCCAGAAACAACGUUGGACAUUGGUGAAGACGAAGAGCACAAGCCGGAGAAAAUAAGUGAACCCUUGAUAACUCCAACGAAACGGAAACUCAACUUGUCCUUGCCAGCACCUGUCCAGGUUCCAGAGGAGGUAGAAAUACCAGAGGAGGUCGAGGAAGAGACAAAAGAAGAGGACACACCCACUAAAGAAGAGCCACUCCAGGAGCCUAGUCCCAAUAUAAAGAAACUUAAACGACGCAAUCAGAACAUCUAUAAAUCUGAAGAAGAUUAACAAAUAACAAAUUCCGUAAAAGCGGAACUAAUUAAAAAAAAGAGGCAAUUUUAUUUAAAUAACACAGCUGGGCGAAUAAAUAGGAGGGUUUG